CAAUCAUCUUCAUCCAAACGAUUUCUCAGAAGAGCACAAACCGAUACAUAUGGAAAAACGAAAUGUUCAAAUAGAGGAGAAAAAGUAUAUGUUGCUAGAUCGGCACAUAAAUUAAAUUCAUUAGAUCAAACAUUAAAACUUUUUUCAAAACAUUAUCAUGGGACAAUGAAUGUAUUAGAUCUGGGUGCUUCACCUGGUGGUUGGACAGAAGUCUUAAUUGCUUGUGAUUUAUUACCACUUUCGAGAUCGAUUUAUGUUGAUGUACCAUCGAAUACUAAACUAAGUUUUAUUCAAGGUGAUUUUUUAAACCAAGAAAUCCAGUACAAAAUCAUCGAAGCACUUCAAUCUAACCUCCAACCCAAACCCAAUCCAUCGAUUCCUACAAUAAUCUUAUCUGAUUUACUUGGUUCAAUGAGUGGGAUACCCAUCAAAGAUGCACAAAACUCACUUGAUCUUUGUUUAUCAGUUUCACAACUUGCUCAAACCGUUUUACAAGAAACUCAAAUUGAAGGACACGAAGAUGAUACGUUGGUUAUUAAACAUAUUCAAUCGGGUUUAACAGACGAAUUGAGAAAUCAUUUGAAAUCGAAUUGGAAAUCGGUGAGAUGGAUUAAACCUUUGGCUAGUAGAUCUGAAAGUAGAGAAGGUUAUUUUAUUGCUCGUCAAAGGAAAUGA